AUGGCCGGGUUCCGUCUAGGUUUCUUCAUCGCCCUCCUGGCACUCGCCAUGCUGGCUGAAUCAAAUUCCCCAGCGCUCCGCGAAUUCCAGUUGAAUGUUGCUGGCAACAGCAGCGAUGGUGAAGCUGGGCAUCUCGUCGGACAUGUUGGGGACUAUAUCGAUUCGAUGGAAGAAAUGAUGAUGGAAUCUGAAUCUGCACGGAGGAACCUUGCUGCAAGUACACACAUCAGCUAUUCUGCACUUAUUGCUAACCGAAUUCCUUGCAGCAACAGAGGCAAUUCCUACUAUAACUGCGGAGCUACUGGCCGGGCUAACCCUUAUUUGCGUGGCUGCACUACUGCAACCCGCUGCGCCAGGCGUUGA